UUUCAACCAAGAAAUUAAUCUUCAGUGCGUUAUUCUAUGCCCAUAGAAGUUGGUCAGACUCUUUAUACUUGUUGGUAUUCAGGGCGCAUAAUGUUUACGUUUUUGUUCGUGUUUCUCCCAGUUCUAGUUUAUGGGAUUGAUGGAGACCAUUGCUAUGAUUAUGCUGAUGAUGGAUAUUUCUGUGUAGAUGUCUUCUUGUGUAAAAACAGUUCUAUUGUAACUGAUGGUAGAACUGUCAUUUCUGUACGACAAGAUAGUGAAACCCGUUCAAGAGAUGAGCUGGCUAGAAUUAGUUCCUGUAACACAAUAUCUCAAAUCUGCUGCCAGCGUAAGGAUAUGAAAGAAAAGACUGAGCCCGUUUCAGAUUCCGAUCUGUUGACUGAUCUUCACGGAGACGGGAUUUUGGAGGAAGUUUUUAGUCCACCUUUAAAACCAGAAAACAGAUAUUGCGUAGAGUUUGAAGACGAUGGGUUUCAUUGUGUUCCCUACUACUUAUGCAAAAACAACACCAUUGUGACAAGUGGUGAAGGAUUAAUUACAAUUCGAGAUGGACUACAGUCUUCAAGACACGAGGAGGCAAUUCGAAGCAGCUGUGGAACAAUUUUGGGUGUUUGCUGCAAACUUAAAGAAAGAUCUGCUGCUCCCAGUGCUCCCCCUUCCUCCCCUGUGCGAUUUACAGAACCUCUCAUAGCUGCUGGUUCUGCUCCUACUCUCACUACUGUAGAGAACCCCGGUCAGAAAAUAUUUCCAAAAUGUGGAAUCAGGAAUAUUGAUGGGCUGAAGAGACCUGAAUUUGAUGAUGUUGAUCAGAGCAGGGUUGAAAACAUAUCUAAGUUUGGAGAAUGGCCUCACGUCUGUAUGCUAUUAGAGAAAAAAGGAACAGCAAUUGUUGCCUUCAGAGGAGGGGCCUCACUCGUUGAUACCGAUGUUGUUCUUACAGGAGCAAUAAAAGUAGCUGAAGAUGUGGCUACCCCUGAUAUUUUCCUAGUAAGAUGUGGGGAGUGGGAUGCCAAAAACCCAGAUAACACGAGUUUAUACCGAUAUCAGGAGAGAAGUGUAAAGAAGAUUGUGCUUCAUCCAGGAUUCAAGGAGGAAUCUCUCCAUAACAACUUCGCAGUUUUAUUCCUGGAUAGAGAGUUUGAGAUAUCUGAUCAUAUCCGUCCUAUAUGUUUACCCAAGCCUGGAGUAGUAUUCCCUGAGGGAACGGAUUGCUAUGCUCAUGGUUGGGGGAAGGACAGGUUUGACGGAAACUACCAAGCUACUCUGAAGAGUGUGAGAUUACCUCUUGUAUCCAAUAUGCAGUGUGAAAACCUGCUGAGGAAAACUAGACUAACAGAGUACUUCAUUCUUCAUGAAUCGUUUGUGUGCGCUGGAGCUAAGCUUGAUGUGGAUACAUGUAAGGGGGAUGGAGGAGGUCCUUUAGCUUGUAAAGAACCUGGAACUGACAAUAUAUACGUUCAGGUCGGAAUCGUUUCAUGGGGUGUUGACUGUGGACAAAAAGAUACGCCAGGAGUUUAUUCCAACCUUCCCCUUGCAGUUUGCUGGAUAGAUAAUGUUGUGAUGUGCAACAAAGGAUAUUCGGAUUCUGCAUUCGGAUUCAGUCCUAACGAAUGUCCAUCAGUUCCGAGAUCAUCAAAUUUCUGCUGAGAUGUUUAUAAAAGUCGUCUUCAACCAUCGUUAAAAGAAGACGACAAAUGCUAUCAUUUGUGUCCGUUUUUAUAAGUAAAAUUAUACGACUACCUUCUAUCUAUAACAAUAACUUUGAAUGAAUAAGCGUUAUUGUUUUUAUCGAUAAAUAUUUUUCUUGUUAAAAA